UCGUAGUAGUUUUCUCUAAACUUGCCCAAACAUUUCUUUUUAUUUCUCUUAUUCUGCUUCUGUUGUCUCACGUGACGAAUGUACACGCGUGGCCAAAACAAUCAAUUUUUCAAUUAUAACAUUGACAAUUUUAUAUUCAAUUAUAAUUACAUUGCAUUCAGACAGGAUGUCAAUAAUUAAUUACGAACGACAUAUGCUUCACAAUAUUUCUCAUUGUUGAUAAUAAUUGUAAAAAGUAAUUUCUUUCUUGUAAUAUAUUAUAGAAACAAAUGAAUUAAUUUCUUAUCAAAAUGAACAUUCCAAAAGAUGACGACGAAGAUUUUUGGAAUAGUAAUGAAAAGCAUUAUUUCUGCUUCGAUAAGGAAGAUCAAGAAGCUUUAAUCAAUAGACCAGAGAAUUUAAAACCUCUACUUUCCGUUAUUUCUGAAAAGACACUCCAUUGCAUUUUAGCUUUAGAUAAAAUAGAGAACAUUAAUGAAGAAUCUAACAACAUUUGCAUAGAACCAGAUAUUACUUUAAGAAAAAUAUUAAUGGGGCAGUCCUAUUCAUUGGAACCGUAUAAAUCGUUAGCUAGCAAGACUGCAUUAUUAAAUUCAGCUAUAAGAAGUGGAAAUGGAAAUGCUAUACUAAUAAUAGUUUUGUUUUUAAAAAAAACUUUAAAGAAAUCUUUAGUUUACCGUUUACUGGCGGAAAGACCAGAAGCAGUGAAUGUAUAUGUACAUUAUCUUUCUGUUAAAUUAGAAACAAAUGAAAUAACAGAUAUUUUAUCAAUGCUAGGUCAAUCAGUAAAUUCUGCAAUGAUAAAUCUGCAUAUUAUUUUAAAGAAUAUUCAAGAUUGUGAUAAGUUACUAUAUAAACUUCGUAACUGUUAUAAGACACAAUUCUUUAACUUAAUUGAUUGUAAAGAAACACAGUUUCUUAAUUCUUAUAUUCAAUUAUUAGAAUGGUGCCUGGCAGUAAAAAACACAGAGAAUGGUGAAAAAAUAGAGACAAAUUGUUCAGUUCUUGAUUUUUUACGUUAUAUAUGUAAAAAUGAUAAAUAUUCUUCGCAAUCAGCUCUAAUGUUUUCUCAACAACACAAUGUAUCACUUGAGCAAUAUCAUAAAAUUGUAAUAAAGGUUAAAGCAUCGCUUGGUGAAUGGGAAUCCAUUGAUCAUAUAUUUUUAACUAAAGGAUGGCGUGGAAAUAUAAAGUUACAAACAUCACUACCGGUAGAAGAUAUUGUUAAAUUGCUGCAUAAAGCGCAUGCACCACUAAACGUUAUUGAAAAAUAUCUAAAAUAUAUAGACAAUAUCGACAAACGAUUAGAGCUAGCAAAAUCUUUCAACUAUUAUCGAAUUGUUGUAGAUAUUUUUGUGGAGCAAGGUGAUAGAACGGCAUUGUUGGAAUACAAAAACAAACUUCAACCACAAUCAGAAGAGUAUUUUUACGCCACGAAUGCUUUGCGUAUUCCAUCAGUCAAAUGGAAAAAUAAUUAAUUUUUUACUAUUCUAAAUGUUAGAAUAUAAUAUAAACAAAUGUGGGUAAAUCGUACACAUAUUAGAUUUAUAUAUUUAUUUAUUAACCAAAUCUAUAAAAUGUAUGUUAAUAUGUUAAUGAAAUUUUUAUUUGUUUAUAGAAUAUCAGAAAAUAUAACAAUAUAAGAAAAUUAUAAUAAAAAAACUUUUAUUAUAAUAGUUAUUAAAAAUUGUAUUCAAAAUCUGUAAAUAAAUGCAUAGUCUAA